AUUUUUACAAAAUGGCUUAUGAAAUAUCUCCACUCUCUUACCAUGAGUUUAGCAAUUUCCUUUUUUUUUUUUUUCUUUUUUAACCUUCAGAGACAUUUAUAUGCAGUUGGCCCUUCAGGACCACCGUAUUAAACAGAGUUCUUUUGUUUGGGUGAAUAAACAAUGUGGCAGCCAGUUCGUGUGAUAACCGACCAACCGCUCUACCGUAAUUUAUAUAUUCAUCCUGGGCUGAACUUAAACGGUGUGUAUAUACAGAAAUUCAGGCAAUCUAUACUCAAGAGCUCGUUUUCGUGCUUUUAACCCACUCCUACUGGCGUGUGCGCAUGUGCGUCGAACGCCUUUCACUGUUCUGACUGCCUGUUGCCUUUACUUCUGCGCCUAAAGCUUCAUGUCUUCGUUUUUCUGCACUGAUGAUGAACCGAACCAGGACCCGCACGACGAGAGCUCCGAGUCCGUUGUGCUGCUGCUUCGAGGGGAGGGAAUCCCUCCAGUGUCUGACGCUUCCUUUACCAAGGAAACCCACACGCUCUCUCUGACGCAACUGCCCAUUUUAGGAAACAUGCGUCAAUGGACCAAAGCAAGUCAGACAAGUAGUGAACUCCACAGUAGGCACUGACGUCCGUGUCAGAAAAUAAAUCUCUCCACACACAUUUGAGCUGCUUUGACUGCAUCCCCACUUUUCGCUUAUGUCUCCAGCGUGCGCUGUGCGAAGGCUGGCCGGAGCGGAUCUCUCUUUUUCACUGCCUUAUCCAGAAUACGACCCCUCCCUGGAUCAAGUCGCAACGCCCAGCAGUGACGUAGGCAGUUUCGUUGGUGUUGAAAAGCAGUUGCAGUUCUUCAUAGUGCCAUUGAAGUGAGUCAUCUCUAGGAAGUGUGGUAAAAAGGAAAGAAAAAAAAGUUAGAAGUGUUCCGUGAGCAGCAGAGAGCUCAGUUAGAGUGUGUAGUCGGCAAAGAGACGGAAAAUAGUCAGAUUAGCCAAGCAAUAGGCUUUAAAGCGAGAGUUAACCUGCGUGAGUCACUCUCUAACUCCAGGUUCACUUGUCUCAGCUGGAUUUGACUGCUGAAGGUGUGCUACUGACUUUAGGUUCAAGUCCUCACCUGGAGGAUCUCUGCUAGUGUAGUUUAGCCUUACCUGCAACGGGAGAAUCCUAAAAGCACAAUAACUAACAGCACAUUUAUAAUACCUGCUAAUAUCAGUGAGAUGUUUUAGGUUAGUGAAGCAUAUUUGCACUUUAACUUUGCCAACUUUUUUUCUCUGGAUAUCCAAAAUUAACAACGUACCGAGUCAGAGGAUUUUUCUGGUGCCUUUUCAGAGCGAGGAUUUAACAGAAAGAGUUUCAGGAGAGAUCAAACAGUCUACUGAAAUCUUCCUCUUUCCUGGAUCAUGUACCAGGACUACUCCGGGAACUACGACACCUCCUCCCGCGGCAGCAGCACAUCUCCGGCCCAGCCAGAGUCCUUCACAAGCGGCAGCAGCACGAUCGGAAGUCCGAUCUCUACCUCAAGCUACCAGAAGUACAGGGUCGACAUGCCCGGCUCCAACAGUGCCUUUAUACCCACCAUAAAUGCAAUCACGACCAGCCAAGACCUGCAGUGGAUGGUCCAGCCCACCGUCAUCACCUCCAUGUCCAACCCUUACUCCCGCUCCCACCCGUACGGCCAUCAUCUGACCAAUGGACCGGGGCUGCUGGGACACAACACGCUGGCUAGGCCUGGGGUCAUCCGCUCCAUCGGAGACGCCAGGGGCCGACGCAAGAGGGACGAACAGCUCACACCGGAGGAAGAGGAGAAAAGGAGGGUGAGACGUGAGAGGAAUAAGUUAGCCGCUGCCAAAUGCCGCAACCGCAGGCGAGAGCUCACCGAGAUGCUGCAAGGGGAGACGGAGAAGCUGGAGGAGGAGAAGGCCGACCUGCAGAAGGAGAUCGAGAGUCUGCAGAAGGAGAAAGACAAGCUGGAGUUCAUGCUGGUCGCCCACAAUCCCGUGUGCAAGCUCCCCAUCGAGGAGCGCCACCAGCCAUCCGGGCACCAGCAGCAUCACCAGCAGCAGCAGUGCGCCCCCCUCCCCCUAACCAUGCGCCCUAACAUGGGCCCCCGCGCUCAGAUGAACCAGGUGGUGGUGAAGCAGGAGCCCGAGGACGACGAGGUGGCAGGCAAGCCACAGCGCUCCGUCAUCAAGCCAAUCUGCCUGGGCGGCGGCGGGAUGUAUUGCACAGACGGAGACAGCCUGAACACGCCAGUGGUGGCAGCGUCCACCCCGGCCGCCACACCCAACGCCCCCAGCCUCAUAUUCACCUACCCGAGUAUGCUGGAGCCCGACAGCCCCUCACCCUCCUCCGAGUCCUGCUCCAAGGCCCACCGGCGCAGCAGCAGCAGCGGUGACCAGUCUUCAGACUCGCUCAACUCGCCCACCCUGCUCGCCCUCUGAGCGUGGCUCGGCUCAGCUGAGAAACAAACACUGUGGCUGAAGGCGCGCCCCCUCUCCCUCCCCUCCAGUGUCUUUUAAAGACUUCAGAGCACAUUCGACAGUCCAGACCAAGCUGACCGUGUGAGCCGUUUCCCCCGCUGCAGGGAGACCACAAGGGCUACGCCAUGUGUUUCUUCUUGUUCUGCUUCAGUGUGAAUUUUUUUUUUUGUACAAGUGUGUGCAACAAUCCUAACAAGUGUCAUCCCUUCGCCAUUUCAACUCCAGAGUGUCAACUUGUUUACUGAGCAGACGAUUCUGAAGAAUGCUGAAAUCUGGCUACUUGUGAGUUGAUGUGACUGACUACAACUAGAGAGCGCGUUCUUAAUAUAUAAAUAUAUAUAUAUAUUUUUAAAAAUGUUUAAAAGCCAUGCGGCCAACACUUGCACUCCGCCAAGACGAAUCAAUAAAUCACUAAACGAGGUCAGCGUUCGACUGGAAUUUCCGAGGAGAGACAAAGACAAUGAGCGAGGACUUCUCAGUGUUUUCCUUUCAGAUUUUUGGACCUUGAUUCAGGAACCGUUACUACGAGUGUGUACACAUUUCUGACGCUAUUUCCAUCUCUUUAAUUGUAUUUAUGGCCUGUGCUGAUGAAAUUUUAUAAAGUGUUUCGUUGA